AAUUUCAAAUAAACCUUUAAACAUCCGUUGAAAGUCUCGACCGUCUUUCAGGGACAUGCUACAGAUAGUCGUUUGGAAGACGUCCAUCACGAGCACUAUUUUGAAAUCACAUCACUUCCUGUGCCGUGCAGCUGAAGAACCACCAGAGAUUCAGAUCAGCGACCGUGUCACAACCCGGAGGGAUGAGAGUCUGAUCAGAUCAACUCUCCAAGCAUCUGACCUUCAUACCAACUGAUUUACACUUUGACAUUGUUGUCACAGAUUCUGUGUCGUCACCAGAAUGUUGUCUUCAAUGAGCUCAGCAUUGAAGUUGGGCACAUCUGCUUUAUCAAAACUAAAAUCCAAUGAUCCUGAAGAAACUGAUUUUGGCUCUCAGCGACUAGCGGACGCUGUUAGAGAUAAAAGCAAACAGCUGAAACCUCAGUCAGGAUCUCUCCCUGUUUAUAAAAUCCUCCUGAAAGAGGAGGACAUCACUGUGAACGGGUGCAAACGUUUCCGCUUCGGGAAAGAGUCCUUUGAUCGUAAUCGCACCAUAAUGGUUCUCGGAGCAACUGGUGCUGGCAAAUCAACUAUUAUCAACGGGAUGAUUAAUUACGUUCUCGGUGUUGAGUGGAAAGAUCCCUAUCGGUUUAAGUUAGUAGAUGAGGAUCAGUCCAUCUCACAAGCUCACAGCCAGACUACUGAAGUCACUGUGUACAAACUCAACCAUCGGGCCGGCUUUAACAUUCAGAACUCGCUCACUAUUGUUGACACUCCAGGUUUUGGAGAUACGAGAGGUAUCGAAAAGGACAAGUUGAUCGUAGAGCAGCUUCGUGAUCUCUUCUCUGCUAAGGAUGGUGUCAGUGAAAUCGAUGCUGUGUGUAUCGUAGCUCAGGCUUCUUUAGCACGACUCACAUCAACACAGAAAUACGUGUUUGACUCAGUGCUCUCCAUCUUCGGCAAAGACGUGGCAGAAAACAUCCAGAUUCUGGUGACAUUUGUAGACGGCAAACAUUUAUCAGUUCUGGAGGCGAUCAACGCUGCUGAUGUCCCGUGUCCGAAAACCAAAGAAGGACUGCCGGUUCACUUCAAGUUCAAUAACUCAGCGUUGUUUGACAAAUCGUGUGCAGCAGAGAGCGCGAGUGAGGAAGAUGACGAGGUAGACUUCAGUGAGAUGUUUUGGAAGAUGGGGAUAAAAAGCAUGAGGACGUUUUUCACUGCUUUGAAUGUAAUGACGACCAAAAGCUUGUUCAUGACAAAGGAGGUCCUCAGAGAAAGAGAGCAGCUCGAGAUCUCAGUUCAGAGUUUGAAGAAGCAGGUUAGAAUUGGGUUAGACAAGCAGGAGGAGAUAAAAGAGACAAAAUCACAACUGAAAGAUCACGAGGCCGAGAUCAGCAGCAACAAGGAUUUUGUGAUCGAAUGCAAAGUCAUGAAGGCUUAUCAACAGGAGUAUUCUAGUAAUCUAACUUCCUGUACAAACUGUCCUCAGUGUAGAUUUACCUGUCAUGAUGGUUGUGUGUAUACAUUUGGUAUGUUUGAUAGGCUCUGUAGUGCAAUGGGAUCAGAUGGGUUCUGUAAGAUGUGCCCAGGCAAAUGUCACUGGAAGAAACACGAUUACAAUCAGAUGUACCGAUGGGAGUACAAGGAAGUCACAGAAAGAACAACGUUAGAAAAGCUGAAAGCAAAGUACCAGAUAGCCUCCGAGGCUGCGAUGCCUGUGAAGGCACUGAUUGACAAACUGAAGUCUGAGUACGACCUUGUGCAGGCUGAUGUGAUGAAAGUGAUGCGUGACUCUGCCAAGUGUCUAAACAGACUUAAAGAGAUCGCACUGAGGCCAAACCCUCUGUCCACUGCAGAGUACAUCGACAUGCUCAUAGCAGGAGAGAAAGCUGAGGCCAAGUCGGGCUGGACGAAACGAGUCCAGUGUCUGAUGGACAUGAGAGAACAAGCAGAGGUCAUGGCUCAAGUGGACAGAGGAGACAGAUUCCUCUAGAGUUCAUCCAGUGACUUCUAGUCUUUUCUUUAAGGUUUUCCUCUGAGGCAACUUCCAAACUUUCAUUUAAACCGAAACCAUCUCUGUCUACAAGUGUUUUGGCUUCAUAUCAUUUAAAUCCCGGUCCAGACUAACAUGCAUGUGAACACGUAUCACCUGACCAUGCACGUACACAUGCAUGUGCUGCUGUAAACAGGAAGCAUUUGUUGUUAGUUGUGGUCAUGUGACAGGAGCCUGACGAAUCAGAGAGAAGAACCAAUCAUCAAGAGCUUGUGAGCGUCUACGUUAUCGUUUCCAAACAUCUGGGUUUCUGUCCGUCCAGAUGAACACGCAGCACCGGAGUUUCAAACUGAAACGGGACCGACAGUGUUUCCAAACUUCUCUGUUUUAACGUUUCUGCCUCUUUGCUUCACGAUUCUUCAUCAGCUCGAUGAUUAAUUCAUAAUUUAGCAUUUAUGUUAAUUACAAAUCAAAAUGCAGCUUCCAGUCACAGCAUGACAGCGUGUUGUGUGGGAGUAAUGUUGCUCUGUGUCAAAGUAGAAAGCUGAGAGCUCACAUGACAGCCAUGUCAACAAUGUAGUUCACUGGUGUGAUGUCGACCAAAUCAUAUCUGUGUCUUUAUGUGUUUCAUGUCUGAAUUACAUGAUAAAAAGUUUGCUUGGUUUGAAACUGUGUUUUACUCACAGCUGAUUUUAUCUUUGCUUGUGUUCUAUAACUUUUUAUGUUUGGAAAACUUAAAGUUGAAGUUGUGUUAUUGUUUUGCAGUUUAAUCAAGUAUC